AACGGCGCUCACCCCUCCGGUGCUUUUCUAUAUAGCAUCAGCUGUUGCAGUACAAAGAUUAGCUCCUCAACGUAUUGUUUCGCAGAUGUGGGGAGCACACUCCCAUCUGCGGCGAAAGGGCGGCGGUGGCUUGAAGCCGAGACAGAAAAAGAUGAGGAGGAAUAUGUCGGCGUGAGGACGUUUCUUUGUGUUCACGAAAGCAGAGCUCAUAUUGCCAGGUGUGUCUCAUAAGCCACCUACUAGCCUACUUCCCACCUUUACCACCAGUGUCGAGGUAGACAUGGCAACCAGCGCUGUGCCAAGUGACAACCUGCCAACGUACAAGCUGGUGGUGGUGGGGGAUGGUGGUGUUGGGAAGAGCGCCCUCACCAUCCAAUUCUUCCAGAAGAUCUUUGUGCCAGACUAUGAUCCCACGAUAGAGGACUCAUAUCUAAAACACACAGAGAUAGACGGGCAGUGGGCAAUACUGGAUGUGCUGGACACAGCUGGCCAGGAAGAGUUCAGUGCAAUGAGAGAGCAGUAUAUGAGGACAGGAGACGGCUUCCUCAUAGUCUUCUCUGUGACAGACAAGGCCAGCUUUGAACAUGUUGACCGAUUCCAUCAACUCAUACUACGGGUUAAAGACAGGGAGGCCUUCCCCAUGGUGUUGGUGGCAAACAAAGUGGACCUGGUCCAUCUGAGAAAGGUCACCACUGACCAGGGCCAAGAGAUGGCUGCAAAACAUAAUAUAACUUAUAUCGAAACAAGUGCUAAGGAUCCUCCAAUGAAUGUGGACAAAGCCUUUCAUGAGCUGGUCCGCGUUAUAAGACAGCAAGUCCCAGAGCGGAACCAGAAGAAGAAAAAGAAGAUGAAGUGGAGAGCAGAACGUUCCACAGGUUCCCACAGGUUCCACUGUGCCAUAUUGUGACCUCCCUUGUCCUCUUUAUCAUUUUUAACAUACACACACCCACACGCACACUCACAUACCUUUGGAUGUCAGGGAACUCCCCAGCAGUGGUUAGCUACUGGAGCACAAAAGGGAUGGGGGCUUCGAUGAAUGGCUGAAUGGAUUCAGAGGGACAGAGGGACAAGUGAAUCUGUAAUGUUGGACUGAUGUCCCCUCAGCCCUUCACAAUGCCUUGGAAUGAGUGCUAUGUCCUCUUCUCCUAAAUUUAUGGUCCCCUUCGACGAUCUUUUGAUCCCUCCCAUCUGUAUUCAACACAGAAGAACAGUGUCACCAAACUGUUUCUCAAUCAAGUGUAAUUUUUGAAUUUAUUGUCAAAUGUGGCACAAGACGACAGACUCUAAGGAAAAAUGACAGAUAUAAGAAUCACCUUGGUAUUGGAACUUUUGUUUUCUUCAUAAAGGGAAGGAAAAGGGAGGAACUGGCUCAAAAUGGCACCUCAUGUUUCAUGGACCGCCAACAACCUGCUGGUCAUCACCUUUCUGUCCUCACACUCCUACAGUUUCUUGGAGAAGAGCACCUGUGUGAUCUCUAGAUAGGUUGUCUUUAGUUGUCUGUGUUCUCUCAUUGUAGAGUGGACAUCAUAAGGGCAUAGUGAAUGAUUAUGAGAGCGGGGACAGUUAUUUUUUUCGUAUUGAAAAUAGGUUUUGUGUGGUGUUGUUGAUGAGUGAGCUGCCAGUUCUGUGAGUGUAGCGUGUACCUUGUGGUCAUGUGACGCUCUGGCUUCGAGAUGUCAGUUCAGAGAGGAUGGAAGGACGUGUCAUAGCAAGUGAAAGAAAUGUGACGUGAUGCUGAGAAAAUGUGUAUUGAUUGACAGGUGAAUGCUAUGGCCAUAUCAACUUGUUUAAUACAUGUUAAAAUAUUACAAUUGUAAAGGAGAUUAAGAUUGGUCGGUGUAUGCGGUUACACUUUAAUGUAAAUGUAACAGGGUUUUUAUCAACAAUGAUGUGUCAGCAGCCAUGUUUACAGACACUCUUAUAAAGGAUUAUUUUCCCAGAAAAACAGAAAGUAUAUCAGAGCCACUUUACAUCAAUUAUUUGAAUAUAACUGUGGUUGGUUUAGGCUGCCUCUUCAUUCAUCUUCAAUGGCAAGACGAGUGCAGUCUUCAUCAGUAAUGUAUGAUGUAUGAACAAGAGCCUUGAUUUUACACAUACGCACACACACA